UUACGAUCUGUCAUUCGUUGUUUAGACCGACAACAGCAUCAAGCAUGAUACAAGAUACAAGAUGGCUGACGAUAUGGAACAAGCUGCUCCCGUUAAUACGGUGGAGGAGCCGCUAGACCUCGUGCGGCUCAGCCUCGACGAGCGAAUAUACGUGAAGAUGAGGAACGAGCGAGAGCUGCGAGGGAGACUGCAUGCAUAUGAUCAGCAUCUGAAUAUGAUCCUCGGUGAUGUGGAGGAGACGGUCACGACGGUGGAGAUAGACGAGGAGACGUACGAGGAAGUCUACAAGGCGACGAAGCGAAACAUCCCGAUGUUGUUUGUGCGCGGCGACGGCGUCAUCCUGAUCUCACCGCCGAUGCGAGCCGGAGUCUGAGGCUACACCGGCAACGCAUCAACACGAGUCGUUGCUACGGCGACGCUAUCACAUACUAUCGCUGUAGAGUGCAACGUCGACAACAUUCGUCUUCUGCCGUCAGCGAUGACGCGGCGACGGAUUGUCUACUCUUGGUAACCUGACCGACAGACGUCAACCGAGUUAUGUGUUUCAACAGUUUACUGUACUGCUGUACCACUAAACCUGUAAAUGUACACGAUUUGUGCGUAGGCAAACGCACAAUUUUUUACGUACAAAUUACCGUACAAUUUUUUUACGUAGCCUUUUGUAAAUUACUUGGUCGGAGAUAUGGGAACCAACAUGUCUUAUAAUGCAUCAAUCCUCCAUGGCAUAUUUGGUAAAGAGAGACGCAGGUUGCGGAGAAAGACGAGAAGUGUUACGUAAAUAUACAGCGAUUCAUGUGUGAAGAGAAGCGAUUGAUUGCGUGAGUGUAUCUGCAUUUGGAGAAUUUCGUGACUCGGUGCAUGUACAGACGUAGCUACGAGGAAAUAUAAUUGGCGCAGACAAAUUGUAACCAGCGAGUUUUGUAAUAAAACAAGUCGUAAAUCAACA